AUGUCUCCCUCUGUCGCCGGUCAAAAGACCUACAACAUCGCCUCCAUCCCCGCCGAUGGUAUUGGCCCAGAGGUCAUUGAGGCCGGUAUCACUGCUCUCAACGCUUUGACCGAUACCCUCAAGACCUUCAAGUUGGAGUUCAAGAACUACGACUGGAGCUCCGAGACCUUCAAGAAGACCGGCAAAUAUAUCCCCGAUGGCGGUCUUGAGGAACUCAAGAAGCACGAUGCCAUUUUCUUCGGUGCUGUCGGCGCUCCCGACGUCCCCGACCACAUUUCCCUGUGGGGCCUUCGUCUGGCCAUCUGCCAGCCAUUCCAGCAAUACGCCAACGUGCGUCCCACUCGUGUCUUCCGCGGUACUGAGUCACCCCUGCGCAAGUGUGGUCCCAACGACCUUGACUGGGUGAUUGUUCGCGAGAACAGCGAGGGCGAGUACGCCGGCCAGGGUGGUCGCUCCCACGCCGGCAAGCCUUGGGAAAUCGCAACCGAAGUCUCCAUCUUCACGCGUCACGGUGUUGAGCGCAUUAUGCGAUUCGCCUUUGAGACCGCCCAGAAGCGCCCCCGUAAGCUUUUGACUGUCGUCACCAAGAGCAAUGCCCAGCGUAACGGUAUGGUUCUCUGGGAUGAGGUGGCCAAGUCUGUUGCUACCGAAUUCCCCGAUGUCACUGUUGACAAGAUGCUUGUCGAUGCCAUGACUACCCGCAUGGUUCUGAAGCCCGAAACUCUCGACACUAUCGUUGCCACUAACUUGCACGCUGACAUCCUGUCCGAUCUUGCUGCUUCCCUCGCUGGCUCCAUCGGUAUUGCCCCCACUUCCAACCUCGACCCCACUCGCCAGUACCCCAGUAUGUUCGAGCCUAUUCACGGCUCCGCUUUCGAUAUCACCGGUAUGGGAAUCUCCAACCCCGUGGCCACCUUCUGGACCGCUGCGGAGAUGCUUGCCUGGCUCGGCGAGGAGGAAGCUGCUAAGCAGCUGAUUGUUUGUGUUGAGAACGUUUGCGAGCAGGGUGUCCUCACCCGUGACUUGGGCGGUAACGCUACCACUAAGCAGGUGACUGAUGCCGUUGUGGCAGAGAUCAAGAAGCUUGCUGGUAGCAAGUAA